AUGAUUGGUAUAGACAUAGUCAACGAACCUCAGUUCCUAUGGAUUGCGGAAGAAGCAUCACGAGCCCAUAUCCCGCCGGACUGGAAGGAGCUCACCAACGAGGAUGGAGAAGUGUUGUACUACCACACCCAGGAGCGCAAGCUCCAAAAGGUGCACCCCCUCAUCCUGCGAUAUCAAGAGGUGUACUUCAAGGCUCGGAGCUACACGAAGCAGCUGGAGAGUGGCCAGAUCGGCAACUUGCUUGAGCAAACUGACGCAAAGAUGGCUGCCAUUACGGCCUCCGUGAUGGGGCGUGCGUCAAAAGGUUUGCCUCCGGCAACUCCUGAAGUUGUCGAAAGCCUGGCAAGGGUUCUGGGCGUUGACAGCACGAAAGAGUUCUUUCUCUUCCGAGUGGUGAAGCAAACCAUCGAGGCGUACGUGGAGAAGAAGCUGGAUUUGAGCAGCAUUGUGCAGGAUCUGAAGGAUCCUAUCGAGUUCCUGCGACAAAUCCGGAAGAAGCAGAAUCAGGUUGAUGUCAUACGGAAGCCCACAACAGUGGUCAUGUGUCAAGAAUGCGAGAAUCGGGCAGCGGUGUUAAAGUGCGAGCAGUGCAAAGACUUUUUCUGCCAGGACUGCUUCAAUAGUACGCAUGCUACUGGCAAGCGACGUGCUCAUAUCACCUCGGACGUCGAGCAGCUAGUUUGUGCAGCCUUCGAAGACAGAGUAGCCACGUGCCAGUGUGUGCAGUGUGGUCUCUUUUACUCUGAUGAGGGCUUCAUGCACGUGCAUGCGUGGGACGCUGCACGUCCAGACUUGCGAAAUCAUUUGAAGCGCGUCAUCAACGGAUUAGUCUGCCUCGAGUGCGAGCACUACAACGCAUCAGUGCUGUGUGAGGCAGGCUGCUUCGUCACGUGA